GGAGCAAGAGGGACAGAGGCGGGCUGGGAGAGACAUACUCGUCGAGGGAAGACUCAGAGACAAAAAUAAAGACAGAAAAACAAGAGUCGAAGUCCUCCUUGUCCUCCUCCAGCAGACAUGGACGGCUAUGGCAGGAGCGAAGAGGAGCUGUUCUCCUCCUGCCUCCUGAACCUCACCUGGGAGACUUGCUACGAGCAGUGUGCUGCCUUGGUUGGUGAAGACCAGCCCCUCUGCCCGGACCUCCCUGAACUCGACCUCUCAGAGCUGGAUGUGAGUGACCUCGAUGCGGACAGCUUCCUGGGUGGCCUUAAGUGGUACAGUGACCAAUCAGAGAUCAUUUCCUCUCAGUACGGGAAUGAAGCUUCCAAUCUCUUUGAGAAGAUAGAUGAAGAAAAUGAGGCCAACUUACUGGCAGUGCUUACAGAGACGCUGGACAGCAUCCCAGUGGAUGAGGACGGAUUGCCUUCGUUUGAGGCCUUGGCAGAUGGGGACGUGACCAAUGCCAGUGACCGGAGCUGUCCCUCCUCUCCAGACGCCUCGCCACGCACCCCAGAGCCCGAGGAGCCUUCCUUGCUGAAGAAGCUCCUUCUGGCACCCGCAAACUCCCAGCUCAGCUAUAAUCAAUACACAGGUGGCAAGGCACAGAACCAUGCAGCCAGCAGCAACCAUCGGAUCAGACCACCACCUGCCGUCGUCAAGAUGGAGAGCCCCUGGAAUGGCAAGGCAAGAGGGGGCUCCAGCCAACAGAACCGCCCGGUGAGGCGGCCGUGCACAGAGCUGCUGAAAUACCUAACAGCCACAGAUGACAUCCUGCUCAACACCAAAGCCAGUGAAGCCAAGAGCGCCUGGGGAGGUUCGAGUAGCAGGGACAAGAGUGGACUGGGUCUCUGUGCCUCUUCCUCCUCAUCACCGUCCUCAUCCUCCACCUCCUCGUUCUCCUCCUUAUCUUCCACCUCCUCUUCCUCUUCUUUCUCCGCCACUACCAAGAAGAAGUCAACAUCUCAACAGCAGCAGCAGUCGCCGCAGCAGCAUCACCAGCGAGGUGAGAGCCGGGCUGCAGGCGAGUGUAGUAUGGCUGGUCAUGGGGAUGGGAAAUGGCCGCGUUGCACACUCGAUGACGGGGUUGAGGAGUCGGAGGGUACCUCUGUCCCUGUUGGCCGCAGAACCUACAAAUGUGGUCACGCCUGCCCCAAACCACAGCAUGGGCCACCCAGUGAAGAAGGAAGGCCACCAGGCGAUGUCGGCCACCUGGCCGCCGCUAGGUUUAUUAGGUAUAUGCAUUCUUAUUCCCUCCCUCCCCGAGAGGUGAGUCACAGCUGUGAGCAUUGCCGAGAGGCUGCAGGCGCCACUCAGGCGAGUGAAGGCUUUGGCAGACAAGGCCCCAGUAACAGUAGCGGUGUCAGCCGUGCACCACAUAGGCAGAUCUCAGUGACAUUUAAGAAAAAAGACGUUAAGCCGGGGCACCCUUUACUUAGUCAGCUGCUCACCUCCAAACAGAGGCCCAUUCAACACUGGGCCCAACUACCCCAACCCACAAUCAACCUUUUACAUAGCACUAAGAGCAAAUCAGCUGGUAAUAGUUCAAAGAGACAGGUUGAGUUUUCUUGCAGGAUGGAAAAGAAGGAAGUCAGAAGGAGCACUAAUUUUAGAAACCAGGCUGAAGAGCUGGAACUCUUGCUGCCUCCUCUUGCAUUAGACCUAGAGAGCUGGGACACCCAAUUAGAUCAAGGGCUAGAUACAGGCUUUGGACUAGCGCUGGGAUGGCCAAACCAGGGGGGCUAUCGGGAUGAUGUUGACCAUGAUGAUGAUGGUGUUGUUGAUGAUGUUGAUGAUGACCAUGUCAUGGGCAGCCUUGCAGCGGUGCCCUCACCGGGCCAACCAAGCCCGCUCAUUUCAGAUACUAGCAUUGCAGAACCCACCCCUCCCUGCAUCAUACAAGUGCAAGGGCACCCACACAGGCAGGCACUCAGCGAGCACCCCGAUGACCAGGGCCACCCUUUGUUAGCCAAACCAACCAUCUUGCCACUUCCUUUGACCCCAGAGUCUCCAAAUGACCACAAAGGAUCACCAUUUGAGAACAAAACCAUUGAACGCACAUUAAGUGUGGAGAUUGCUGGAACCCCAGGUCUGACACCACCUACCACGCCCCCACACAAAGCCAGUCAAGAGAAUCCUUUCAAAGCAUCUCUGAAAACCAAGUUGUCCUCAUGUUCCUCCUCGGUCUUGACAUGCAAAAGAGCCAGGCUGAGUGAGUUGGGUGCCGGUGCUUUGACCCCGGCCCCAGGUGCCUCAGCCGGGGGUCCCAUCAGAAAGGAUCCCGAACAGACUGAGCUCUAUGCACAGUUGAGCAAAGUAUCUACCACCUUCCCUGCAGCUGGGGGUGGUUUUGAGGAGCAUUGCAGCACUGGCAACAAUAAACGGGCAGCUUCUCGUCGUCACAGUGACCAUGACUAUUGCCAGGCAUCAGGCUGUAUCAAGAAGUAUGGGUGCUCAGCUACUGUUUCCAUGAGUACAACUGUGGAAAUGACACACCCUCUAGGUGCCAGUGCUGCUCUUACACCCAGUGCUAGCAAAGUGGAGAAUGGGCAUGUUGAAUGUAAGGACUCAGCCAUCUCAACAUUGUAUUCAUCAUCAUCUUGUUUUACAUCAUCUUCACCUAGCCCAUUGACAAAGGAGAAGAAUAUUGUCCCUGUGGAUGGAGAAGGAGGGUUUACCAGGGGCAUAGGGGAGCCAACCCAUACGCAAACCACUCAGAUCCCCACACCAGGGGCCACCACUGUUAAGGACCAACCACAACAUUCUGCAACCAGUCGGAAACCCCUGUGCGACCAGGAAAUAAGAGCAGAACUCAACAAGCACUUUGGCCGUCCUGUACAAGCCCUCUGCAGCAAGGGUGGGCAAGAGAAAGGUUCAAGCGGCAAACCAAACAAGCCUCCAACCCCUCGAUCCUAUGAAGGGGAUGAGAAUGACAUUUACUCCCAAAGACUGCCAGGCUCCAUCUAUUUGACCCCAGGGUUUCUGUCCUUUCAUGAUGAGCUAGUCCUGGACAAGGGCCACGAGAGUCGCUUUGUCUUUCCAUGGGAAGGAAACCCCCUCGACCUACUCUUCGACUGCUCCCCCAACUCUCCCUCCUGUUCUCCUCCAUCAAGUUGCUCCCCUUCACGUGGCUCUGUCUCCCCACCUUCCUCCCUUCUCCUGUCACCCAGCAGACCUUUCUGCUGGACCAGUAGCGGGUCCCGUUCCCGCUCUCGUUCUCAUUCAGGCUCCCGCAGCUCCUCGUCACAGUACCACAGGCGCUCUCUGUCCAGCUCACCAGACAGACGUCCUUCCUCCUGGUCUCAUCACAGCUCAGAUUUGAACGCUGUUCGCUCCAGAAUCCAAAAGAGCCCCCGCCCUCAGUCUCGAUCUCCUCACAGCCGCAGGCCAAGGUAUGACAGCUAUGAGGAGUACCAGCACGAGAGGCUGAAGAGGGAGGAGUAUCGCUUGGAUUACAAGAAGCGAGAGUUUGAAAGGGCCGAGCAGAGAGAAAAGCAAAGGCAAAAAGCAAUAGAGGAGAGACGGGUGGUGUACGUGGGGCGACUGAGGUCCGACUGCAGCCGAACAGAGUUGAAGCGCCGCUUUGAAGUCUUUGGGGAAAUUGAAGAAUGUGCACUGAACUUAAGGGAUGAUGGGGACAAUUUCGGCUUCAUCACGUACCGCUACACUUGUGACGCCUUUGCCGCCCUUGAGAACGGACACACCUUACGCAGGUCAAACGAACCUCAGUUCGAGUUGUGUUUCGGCGGACAAAAGCAGCUCUGCAAAUCACAUUACACAGACUUGGACUCCCAUUCGGACGACUUUGAUCCAGCCUCCACAAAGAGCAAGUAUGACUCCAUGGAUUUUGACAGCUUGCUGAGGGAGGCCCAGUGCAGCCUGAAAAGGUAACCCGGUUGUGUGGCGCCCGCUGUCUGCCACAAAAAGGAACUCCUCAUACCUCACGGUCGUUUCUCGCUCCUUCGACGACGAGACCACCAGAAGUUUUACGCUCUCUCUGAGAGCAUCUGAGAACACAUAGACCUGCAUCGGUAGAAAUGAAUAUAUUAAAAAUAAAGUUUACAUGAACACGGCUGCUGAAGAGCUGGGAAAGAGACGUUCGGUUCUGGAUCCUCAGAACCAGGUUUAAUGCACUCUACUGCUGAACGGCCAGUGACAGAAGGAACAACCUGUAGGAUUUCUUUUUCUCCAAGCACUACAAUACCCACAAUUCUUUUUGGGGUGAAGACAUGCAGCUUGUUCAGCCAGAUUUUGUUUUAUUUGCUGUUGAUUAUUUUUUUACUUUCUGGCAUUUGGAUCUGGUGUUACAUUACAAGCAAGAAUAUAGGGAAUUAUAUCUUGGAGGUGAAAACUAAUUGUUGUCUACAUUUUAUUAAAAAAUGUAGCUGUGCAUUUACAAACCCUAUUAAAAAUCGGAAUAUUUUUUAUUUUAUGUACAUAUCAAAGUUCUUUAUUUGUUACAGCUAUGCACUGUAAAACGCAGCCUUUUUUUAAAAAAAAUAAAGAAAAAGAAAAUUUCUUAAUUCCGAAUGUUGAUCUGUAGUAAUUACAAUACUGUAAAACAUAUUGUACACCUACAUGAUGUUUGAAAGACAUAAUAUGAUUGUAAAAAAAAAAAAAAUGAAA